UGUUUGAAUCGUAUCACCGGAUUUUUCAAUUGAAUCUAUGUUUUUAUUUUUCGAAUAGAAUAUAUAUUUUUUAAUAUAUUUUCUGAUCUGUUGUGGAAAUGUUCACAUCUUACCUGUAGAAGAGUUUGUUUUUGUUUUUGUUUUGUAUAAAUGUACUAAAUAAACCCUAACUUUUGAUGAAUUCCACAUUUUCCCCAAAUGUAGCUUUUUUUUCUUCCUGUAAAGAUUAUAUGAAUGUACAUGUAUACUUUAUUUCUAAUGAAUGUGUGUGAAUCUUAUCACCGGAUUUAUCAAUUGAAUCUCUGUUUUUAUUUCUUGAAUAGAUUUUUUUGUUUAAUAUAUUUUCUGAUCUGUAACUCACUGUAAAUUUGUUUUUUUUUUCUUCUGCUAAUUUCAGAUUUUAAAAACCCUAACUUUUUGAAGAAUUACACAUUUUUCCCCAUAUGUGUGUGAAAAUGUAGUUUUUUUUUUCUUCCUGUAAUGAUUAUAUGAGUGUACAUGUAUAUUUUUUUGUAAUGAAUGUGUGUGAAAUGAUGUCUCCGGAUUUGUCAAUUGAAUGCAUUGAAUUUCUAUUUUUUCUGAUCUGUUGUAGAAAUGUUGACAUUUUACCUGUCUCUUUUUUAUCUGCAAAUCCGACAUUUUUCAUUCAAAACCCUAACUUUUUGAAGAAUUACACAUUUUCCCCCAAAUGUAUGUGAAAAUGUAGGUUUUUAUAUGAAUGUACAUGUACGAUUUUUUCUAAUGAAUGUGCGUGAAUCGUAUCACCGGAUUUGUCAACUGAAUCUCUGUUUUUAUUUCUUGAAUAGAAUAUGUUUAUAUAUAUAUAUAUAUAAAAAUUUGUGAUCUGUUGUAGAAAUGUUGGCAUUUUACCUGUAGUUCACUGUAAGUUUGUUUCUCUUUUUUCUGCAAAUCCGAGUUUUUCAUUCAAAACCCUAACUUUUUGAAGAAUUACACAUUUUCCCCAAAAUGUAUGUUAAAAGCUGGUUUUUUUUGAUGACUUUUUUGUUGUGUUUGCAGAACAAUGAAUGUUUAUAUGAAUGUGCAUAUUUAAUUGUUCUUAAUGAAUAUGUGUGAUGCAUUGAAUCUCUGUUUUAUUGCUCGAAUAGGCUAUUUCUAAAAUUUUCCGAUCUGUUGUGGAAUAGUUGGCAGUUUACCUGUAGAUUAGGGUUUUGAAGUAUUUAUUUUUGUUUUUGUUUUGUAAGUCUGGUUUUUAAUAAAUGUACUAGGUUGGAGGAAAUGUAGGUGAGUGUAAUUAAUGUGUUCAGAUGUCAUUGUAGUAGAAAUAAUUGAAUUAUUCCACAUUUUUUCCGAAAUGUAUGUGAAAAUGUGAUUUUUUUUGUGACUUUUUGUGUUUGCAAAAAAAACGAAUGGUUAUAUGAAUGUACAUGUAUAGUUUUUCCUAAUCACCUGAUUUGUCCAUUGAAUGCAUUGAAUUUCUGUUUUUAUUGCUCGAAUAGGCUAUUUUAUCUUAAAAAAUAAUAAAUAAAUAAAUAAAUUCUGAUCUGUUGUGGAAAUGUUGACAUCUUACCUGGAGUUCACUGUAAGCUUGUUUCUCUUUCUUUCUGCAACUCAGAGAUUAUCAAAACCCUAACUUUUGAAGAAUUCCACAUUUUUUCCGAAAUGUAUGUGAAAUUGUAGUUUUUUCCCUUCCCUUUUUGUGUUUGAUUAUAUGAAUGUACAUCUAUAGUAUUUUGUAAUGAAUUUGUGUGAAUCGAAUCAACGGAUUUGUCAAUUGAAUGCAGUGAAUAUCUGUUGUUAUUGCUCGAAUCGGCAAGUGUUACAAACUUCUGAUCUGUUGUGGAAAUGUUGGCAUUUUACCUGUAAAUUAUGGUUUUGAAGAGUUUGUUUUUGUUUUGUUCGUCUGUUUUUAAAUAAGUGCAAACAAUUUCUGAGGGCCAUCGGACUGGGGUAAAACCCUGAAUUAACCGUGGUGCACUUGCGGGAAACUCCUUGCCGAGGGCCUGUGCACUCCCGGGAUUAGUCGGGGCUCAAAGAGACCCGGACACCCGGUGCUUAAUCAAAAAAAAAAAAAAAAAAAUAAGUGUACUAGGUUGGAGGAAAUGUUGGGCAAUCAUGAGCAACGAAGAAGAGAAAAGGUGUCCUCUUUGCGCCGAAGAGAUGGACUGGACAGAUCAGCAGUUUAAGCCUUGCAAAUGUGGUUAUCAGGUGUGUCUUUGGUGUUGGCAUCACAUAAUGGACAUGGCAGAAAAAGAUGAGUCUGAGGGACGAUGUCCUGCAUGUCGAACAACAUACGAAAAGGAGAAAGUUGUUAGAAUGCAAUCAAAUAUUGAGAGGGCAGGGAACAACAAUGCCAAUAGGAAAAGCAAACAACAACCAAAGGCAAAGCCAAAAACUAAUGAAGUCAAGAAGGAUCUCACGAAUGUUCGGGUCAUUCAACGUAAAAUGGCAUAUGUGAUUGGACUGCCUCUUAGUCUUGCAGAUGAAGAUAUUUUACAGCGGAAGGAAUAUUUUGGGCAAUAUGGAAAAGUUACUAAAAUUUCUCUGUCUCGGACAACUGGUGGUGCCAUCCAGCAAUUUGUUAAUGAUACUUGUAGUGUAUAUAUUACAUAUUCAAAAGAAGAGGAGGCCGUACGGUGUAUUCAGUCUGUACAUGGUUUUGUUUUGGAAGAUAGAUAUUUGAGAGCAUCAUUUGGGACUGCGAAAUACUGCCACGCGUGGUUGAGAAACACGCCUUGCAGUAAUCCUUCUUGUCUAUAUUUGCAUAGCAUUGGUGCUGAUGAGGAUAGCUUUGGUAAAGAUGAUGUAGCUGCAAUUCAUACAAGGAAUAGAGUUCAACAAAUUGUUGGUGCCACCAGUAAUAUGACGAACCGCUCAGGAAAUGUCUUGCCACCUCCAAUUGAUGAAUUAUCUAGGACUGGCUUUACAUCGACUGAGACAUCUAGCAUUAGAAACGCAGUAAAUGAUGCAGCACAUGAUACAGGGAAUUACAGUAGCUACAUGGCUCAUGUAACUCCACAUGAUAAGGAGGGAGACGCUGGUGGACCAAACAGAAUGACAACUUUUGUCGAUAUAGUUGGACGGCCUAAUAGUUCUGGUGCAGAGAGAGAUGGAAAUAGCACUGAAGAUUGUAGGAUUUUGAAUUUAUCUUCUGACCAAUCUUCAGUAACCAUUAGCAAAGAUAAUCAUGGUCAUGAAACAUAUCCUGAUGAAACUUUGUUCAAGGUUCCAUCUUCGAAUCACAUUGUCAAUCAUCUGCAAAACCAAAAUUCUGUUGACUUUUCAGAUGAACCAUUCAGGGAAGAUUAUACAUCUUUUGACGGUCAAAGACUGGAGGAUUCAAAUAAUAUGGAUCAAAAGGCUUUUCUUAUGUCAUCAGUUUCUGCUCAAUCCACAGAGAACUCUGGUGGUCAUUUAUUAGUACAUAGGUCAUGUAGUCCGAGUAGCAAUGGAAUGGAUUAUGGAGCUUUACAUAAUCAAGUGGAUGAAGCUUCUCUGCCAGUUUCAUGUGUAACUGCAGUAUUAAAUGAAGGAUUUCAUGACUUGAAAUUCCAAAGUUCUGUCAAAUCUGAUAGGGUUUACAGAAGUUCUACCUCAUUCUCCAAUGAAGAAAUAGUAGAGCACCUACGGAGGAUUGAUGGUGAUAACUUGACUAACUAUCAAGAUUCAUCAUUCAAUGCCGUAGAAAGUACCAUUAUUUCAAAUAUUAUGUCAAUGGACUUGGAUUCAUGUGAUGAUUCGACGGCUUUGCAUCGUAGUUUUGCUGGCUCAUAUGGUGAAUCCGUUGGGAAGCAUGGUGCUUGGAACUCUUUGCACAGCGACCAAUCAGGGUUCUCUUUUGUGAAGCAAGAUGACUUUUCCAGGCAAGGAGGUGAUUUAGAGUCUUCUUUUAGAAAAAAUAUUUGUCAGAUAUCAAAGAAUUCAUCCAACCUUCAGGAUUUCAGAGAGAACAAGGAGCAUUAUGUGCACAAGGCUCCGUAUCAAAUCACCAGACCAAAAGUUUCGGCUCCACCUGGCUUCUCAAUGCCCCAUAAGGACCUGCUUCACGGUUUUGCCUCAUCCGAUGAAAUAGGAGGAAUCCCUCACGCUCUCUCUGGAGGUCGUUUAGUAAAUAGUUCUUCAUCGAGUUUGCUUCACACACCAUCAACCGGAAGCAUUAGCAGUGCAGGUGAUAUUGAUUUUGUUGACCCUGCCACAUUAGCCUUUGGAAACGGCAAGCCAACAAAUGGUUUUGAAAUCGGGGCAGCUUGUGUGCCACAGAGGAGAGGCUUUGAAGACGAGGCAAGGAUCUGGCAUCUUAUGCAACAGAAAUCGAAAUCUUUAGAUCAAGGGAAAUUUUCUCAAUUAAUUGCUUCUCAAACACCACCCGUGCAUCAGUCACGACGGUUUCCUAGUCACGGUGGGGAUGAAUAUUUUGGCCCAGAUGAUAUAUAUGGCUUCUCGUCAAGGGUGGUGGAUCAACAUCAAAGUUUUAAUCCAUCUUCCUAUUCACAACAAAAAAGUUUCGAUCCAUCCUAUUCACAAUUUACACAGCAAAAGCUUGCGAAUGGCCACAUCUUGAAUGGUUUCCAGCACAAUAGUUUGGACGAUAUCCAUCGUAGUAAUGAAGUGAACAGCAUGACACAACUCCAGACAAAUGAUACAUUAGGUUUCAAAAAAUUCUAUGCUGGAUAUGGAGAUCUGAUGUUCCAGGCCCCCCGGUCUGGCGAUGUAUACACCAGAGUAUUUGGGAUGUAACUCACUGAUUCUUUUAAAAAAAUGAAAAUGUCCCUAAUUACUUUGUUGCCUGUGUUUGCAGAAAAUUAUAAAUAUGUUACUAGUAAUUACUACUUGCCUGGUAUUGGCUAUUUCGGGUUGAAGUGUGGAGGGAAUUCAGCCAA